AUGGACUCCAUGUUUGAGGACGACAUCAGUAUCCUGACGCAGGAGGCGCUGGGGCCGGAUGAGGACUGGCUCGACAGCCCCAACACCGACCUCUCGGGCGAGAUGUGCUCGGCCUCCCACUUCGCCCUCAUCACCGCCUACGACGACAUCAAGAACCGGCUGACGGGGCUGGAGAGGGAGAACUCCACGCUCAAGCGCCGGCUCAAGAUGUACGAGGUCAAGUACCCGCUGAUCGGCGAGUUCGGGGAGGAGCACAUCUUCUCCCUCUACGAGGCCAAGGAGACGUCGCUGCUCAAGAGCGAGAAGGCGUCGCUGCAGCAGCAGCUCAACCAGUUCCAGCACGAGCUGCAGAAGAGCAAAGAGCGGGAGGAGCAGCUGGAGGAGAUGAUCCAGGCCUACGAGAAGCUGUGCGUGGAGAAGGCUGACCUGGAGACCGAGCUGGGAGAGAUGCGGGCGCUGGUGGAGACACACCUGAGCCGCAUCCGGAGCCUGGAGCAGCAGCUACGGCAGCGCGACGGCAACACCUUCCCCGGGCUGGGCACCCCGUUGCCGGGCCAGGAGGUGCCUUUCCUCGCCCUGCACCCCAACCCUGGCCUGACCCACGUGCUGGAGCGUGCCGGGGGCUGGCAGAGCCGGGGGCUGGAGGCGGCGGGGCGGCUGGAGGCCGAGCUGGAGGCGGCGCGGCAGGAGACCCAGCGUGCCCAGCACCGCGAGGAGCAUCUCAAGGCCGAGUGCGAGCGGCUGCAGGCGGAGGUGAAGCACCUGCAGGACACCCGGGAGCAGGACCAGUCGGAGCGGGACAUGGCCUGGGUGAAGAAGGUGGGCGACGACCAGUAA